AUGGAUCAAUAUAUGCUUCAGGAUGAGGCCGUUAUUGAUCGUAUCCGUCAGGCGGAGGAGUUCCUGGAUCCCAGUGACUCCCAUGCGCGCAGCUACAGGUCCGAUAUUAUUCUUAUGCUACAGAAGAACCAACGACGUUUGACCGUAAACCUCGACCAUGUUCGCGAUCAUAAUGAGAAGCUCGCCAAGGGCAUCCUUGAGGAACCCUUCGAUUUCAGUCUGGCCUUCAACCACGCCCUCAAGCAAAUUAUCGCUGCACUCCAGCCAUCCCAGGCCCGCCCUGACCAACAGGCUGCCGAUACUGUCUACUACUGUGCGUGGGCUGGCAGUUUUGGCCUGAACGCUUGCAAUCCCCGCACAAUCUCGUCCAAUCAUCUCAACCGCAUGGUUUCGCUCGAAGGCAUUGUUACGCGAUGCUCUCUGAUCCGACCCAAAGUUGUACGCAGUGUCCACUGGAAUGAAAAGAAGGAAAAAUUCCACUUCCGCGAAUAUCAAGACCAGACUAUGACGAAUGGUGUCACAACAUCAAGUGUUUACCCGCGUGAAGACGAAGAUGGAAAUCCCCUACUCACUGAAUAUGGCUUCUGCACCUACCGCGAUCAUCAAUCUAUUUCCAUUCAGGAAAUGCCUGAGCGCGCGCCUGCUGGUCAGCUACCUCGUGGUGUGGACGUCAUUCUGGACGACGACUUGGUGGACAAGGUGAAGCCUGGCGACAGAGUUCAGCUUGUUGGGAUUUUCAGGACACUUGGUAACCGCAAUACCAACCAUAACAGCGCCUUGUUCAAGGCUGUUAUCCUUGCCAACAACAUUGUGUUGCUCUCUUCAAAGUCUGGCGGCGGUGUUGCGCAGGCCACGAUCACCGAUACCGAUAUUCGAAACAUUAAUAAAAUUGCCAAGAGGAAGAACCUGCUCGAGCUCCUAUCUCAAUCUUUGGCCCCUAGUAUCUAUGGCCACCAUCAUAUCAAGAAGGCUAUUCUUCUCAUGCUUCUCGGCGGUAUGGAGAAAAAUCUCGAAAACGGUACUCAUUUGAGAGGAGACAUCAAUAUUCUCAUGGUUGGUGACCCAUCUACCGCGAAGUCGCAACUUUUGCGAUUCGUACUGAAUACGGCCCCUCUCUCUAUUGCCACUACUGGUCGCGGUUCGUCUGGUGUGGGUUUGACUGCCGCCGUCACCUCAGACAAGGAAACUGGUGAACGUCGUCUUGAAGCUGGUGCAAUGGUCAUGGCCGACCGUGGCGUCGUCUGUAUCGAUGAGUUCGAUAAGAUGUCCGACAAUGACCGUGUUGCUAUUCACGAAGUCAUGGAACAACAAACUGUCACGAUUGCGAAAGCCGGUAUUCACACGUCUCUGAAUGCCCGAUGCUCCGUUGUUGCCGCCGCCAACCCCAUCUACGGCCAGUAUGAUCCCCACAAGGAUCCUCACAAGAACAUUGCUCUACCCGACUCUCUGCUGUCCCGUUUUGACUUGUUGUUUGUUGUGACCGACGACAUCGAGGACACGCGCGACCGUCAGGUCUCAGAGCACGUUCUUCGCAUGCACAUGUAUCGUCAGCCAGGGACGGAAGCAGGAGCACCUGUUCGAGAACAAGCCUCUCAAUUCCUUGGCGUGUCGGCCGAUACACAGGCGGGGACUCAGCGCCCAACUGAGGUGUUUGAGAAAUUUGAUGCUAUGCUGCACGCCGGUGUUGCGCACAAUGCAGGCCGAGGCUCCAACAAGAAGCCAGAGAUUCUCAGCAUUCCGUUCAUGAAGAAGUACAUCCAAUAUGCCAAGACUCGUAUCAAGCCUGUCUUGACCCAGGAAGCAUCCGACCGCAUUGCGGACAUCUACGUUGGUCUUCGAAACGACGAGAUGGAGGGCAACCAGCGCCGCACCUCUCCCUUGACCGUGCGUACGCUCGAAACCCUCAUCCGUCUUGCCACUGCCCACGCCAAAUCUCGCCUGUCCAACCGGGUGGAAGAACGCGACGCCGCUGCUGCCGAGGCUAUUCUGCGUUUUGCACUCUUCAAGGAGGUCGUGGAAGAGUCCCGAAAGAAGCGCAGAAGGACUGCCGCCGUUGACUUCGCCUCUAGUAGCGACGAGGACGACGAUGACGAUGACGACGAUGAGGGCGAUGGUACCGACGGUGCUUUCCGGGGCGCAAGAUCGACACAAACGACCAUGCGCACAACACGAUCAAGGGGUACGGUCCCCGCUACAAAUGGUGCCAGCAGGAGCAAUGAUCAAGAAGAGGAUGACGAUGACGAUGGAGCAGAAGAGGAGCAAGCUGAAUCCUCAGCCGCACCCCGACGCUCCGGAAGAACUGCCCGGUCGAACGGCGCCGCGUCAGAAUCUCAGACGUCAUUUGUUUCGUCCAUGCCCGCCUCGCAGCUACCCAGCCAAACACAAGAAGAUCAGGAUCUGGCUAGCGGUGCUGCCUCUCUCACGAUCGACGACACUCCGAUUGCUGCACCCCGUCUGGCUGCAUUCAGAACCGCGCUUGGUCAGCUGCUCAACACGCCUCUGUUCGAGGAUGACUCGGCCGGUCUGGAUGCCGUCAUUGGGGCUGUCAACCAAAAGAUUGGAAACCGCAGCGGCGGUGCCUUUGACCGUGAAGAGGCCGUCAAGGCCCUCAAGAAGCUUGAGGAGGCCAACCACAUCAUGUUCGCGGACGGCGAGCUCGUCUAUAAAAUUUAA